AUGAUCGGACGAGAAGCUCAGAUAGCAGAGUUAACACGUGUAACAGGGUUAUAUGCUGAUGUAUUCGAGUCUCCAGCACCACUUAUAAUUGUUUAUGGUGCAGCAUCUACAGGUAAAAGUAUGAGUGUAUCAAAGGCAUUAAAGACACACCCAGCGCCUCAUACAUUCGUCGACUGCACGGCGCUUUAUUCGGCCAAAGAAUUUUACCGCGAAGCAUUGGCACAAUUAUAUAACGAAGUAAUUUAUACCGACACGGAAAAUCUGAUAAUUUGUAUGGAGACGGAAAACUGUAAAAAAACAGCUGGCAAUAAAAAACCGUCAGAAACCGACGAAAAUUAUAGUUCACUUAAUUUUUUGGGUUUUUUUAAAGCUUUAAAUGGGUUUAUGAUGUCGAAUAAAGCCGAAAAACCCACCAAACAAUCCACUCGACAAGUGCUUUAUUUUGCUUUGGAUCAUGUGGAUAAAUUACUGGAUCGAGGACUUGGAGCAUUAAUUACAUGUAUCUGCACCAUAAAUGAACAACUUGGCUAUUUGAAUAUGUUUGAUGAUUCUCCACCUUGGGAAGUUUGUGUCUUAUUGAUCACACGUGGAAUCUCAUUCGAGUUUGAUCGAUUGGUGAUGCCGUUUUUUCCAGCUUAUGUGCAUUUUGCACCAUACAAACCAGAUGCUACCUUUGUAGGACAAUUAGCUGACAUUCUUGUGGAACAGUUGAACAUGAAGCAAGCAAACGAUAUGUUUCGCACGUGGCUUAUUCAUUUGCACGGACUAUUACCACCUGCACCCGAUGGAGAUUGGCUUCAAUUUCGAGCUGCAGUUGUGCAUCUCUUGCCAGAGUUUCGCGAGUUGUUCUUGCUACAUGUACAAGGCUCUGAAGCCUCAAAGCUGAAGAAUAAGAUUGAACGUGCUACCAAAACACUCGUCCAAGCGUUUCUUCAUACGCGGCGAAAACAUCUUUUUGGUUACCACAAGCUGUAUGGAGGCGGGAUUGAUGAUCCAUCUGAACUGAUUUCGUGCACCAAUUUGAGCCGAAAUUGCUUACUGCUCGUACUCGCAGGCUAUUUGGCCUCGUUCAAUCCUCAAGACACUGAUCUACGCUUCGUUUCGUCUUCUGGUGGACAGCAUCGAAAAAAACGUGCCAAGAAAAACGUUGAUGGGAAAUCAUCGUCUAGCAACAAGAAACAGCAGAUCAGUCAACUCCUCAUCGGUCCCCGAAUAUUUACGUUACAGCGGCUUUUAGCCAUUUAUUUAAACCUUCGAGUAGAAGCUGAGGCAGGAAGCCUUGCCUAUGAUGAUGAAUCUCGCUCUACAGAAACACGCGAGGAAGCGUUUACGCAUCUCGCGACUCUCGUACGAAUGCAGCUCUUUCAGCGCACCACAGCACCACAUGUACUGGAUAAUAUCAAGUUCCGCUGCCUAGCUGACGCCCGCUUUGUCCAGGAAACCGCGCGUUAUCUAUCCUUCCCUUUAGAUGCGUAUCUCAACAGGGCUACAUAA